AUGUCACGUCCCGGCAUCGUCAAAGCCCAUAUCCUGUGUGACGACGUGACGCGUUUUGCAAAUCCCGAAAACAACGACGAGGCUGAUUGGACAGAUGGAAGUGAAUGGCGCGCCCCGCUCUGCAUCACCAGAUCCGUCUCUACCGUGCGUACCUACGAUGUCAAAGCUAUGUACCGAGGACCGAUCACUUUCAUUGCCAAACCGCCACAAUCUGAUCGUAGGGAAUUUGUGUAUGUCGUUCCAUCCCCUGGACUCAGUCGAGACCAGGGCGUUGACCUCGCAUCCGAGCUCUCGUCGAACGGUGAAGGUGGCGAAGGUCAGGAUCUUCCAGACGCUUCUGAACCCUACCAACAGCUAGCAAUCUCGUCUCGCUCGACCUCUCGUAAUCGGAAAGCAGAGGGGGACCCUUAUUUCAUACCCUAA